UUUUUCUUUAUUAGUAAUAAAGUGCACACACACAAAAAGAGAGCAUUUAGACAGCAUGAACAACAAUAAACAACAAUAAAAAUCUUCAUAUUGAAAGAAAAUCCUUGAAAUAAUAAGAAAUUGAUUGAUACUGGGGGGGGGAGGGGCUCACUAAUUGGACAUACAAUUGCAUUUAACAUUGUGUUUCUCUCUUGUCCAUAAAGUAGUAAAGUGUAAAAAACAAAACAAAGAACAUUUAGACAACAUAUAAAUUAAGAACUAUAAAAACUAUAACAUCUUCAUAUUGAAAUAAUAUCCAUGAAAUAAUAAGAAAUGUAUUGAUUUAUACUGGGGGGGGGGGGGGUGGCUCAGUAAUUGGAGAUACAAUUGUAUUUAACAUUUUGUUUCUAUUUUGCCCAACAUAAAAUGAAUUGUAGUAAUCGUAAUAAAGUGCACACAAAAACAAAACAAAAAACAUUUAGACGACAUAAAUUAAGAACUAUAAAAUUCUAUAAAAUCUUCAUAUUGAAAUAAAAUCCUUACAAUAAUAAGAAAUGUAUUGAUUGAUACUUGAGGGGGGUGCUUACUAAUUGGAAAUACACUUGUAUUUAACAUUUGUUUCCAUAUUACGACACCGUUUUUUAGUUGUUGAUGCAUUUCCCCCUCGCCGCCAGCAGGGGGCGCUGCUCCCCGCGCGGCGGCGGCGGCAGCCCUCUCUGUCGGGCUGAAUCAUUUCAUCCAUUGUACCCAGAAUGCAAAGUGAGACAACAGCGGAACCUCAGCAGCGCCGAGCUCCUCUCCGGGUUAUCAUGGCGAUAAGAGACACGUCUUCCCCCUGAGUCCCCGCGGCAGCAGCAACGAAGGAUUUAUUCCCCACCGCUACAUGAACCCCGAGGCUCGUGCAGCAGCAGCGCGUGCGGACACCUGGAGGACUUCAUAAGCUCCAGAUUGGAGGAAGGACGCCGCGCGUGAGUCACCGCCAUGGCAGCGUCGGAGCUGUACACGAAGUGCGCUCGGGUGUGGAUCCCCGAUGCAGAGGAGGUGUGGAAGUCCGCCGAGCUGACCAAGGACUACAAAAAUGGCGACUCCUCCCUGCAGCUCAUGCUGGAGGAUGGAACGAACCUCGAGCACAAGCUGGACCCCCAGACGAAGAACCUGCCGUACCUGCGUAACCCCGACAUCCUGGUGGGCGAGAACGACCUCACGGCGCUCAGCUACCUCCACGAGCCGGCCGUGCUGCACAACCUCAAAGUCCGCUUCAGCGACUCCAAGCUCAUCUACACGUACUGCGGCAUCGUGCUGGUGGCCAUCAACCCGUACGAGCCGCUGCCCAUCUACGGCUCUGACAUCAUCAACGCGUACAGCGGCCAGAACAUGGGCGACAUGGACCCGCACAUCUUCGCCGUGGCAGAGGAGGCGUACAAACAGAUGGCCAGGGACGAGAGGAACCAGUCGAUCAUCGUGAGCGGGGAGUCCGGAGCAGGGAAGACGGUGUCGGCCAAAUACGCCAUGAGAUACUUCGCCACGGUCAGCGACUCCACCAGCGAGGCCAACGUGGAGCAGAAGGUGUUGGCUUCCAACCCCAUCAUGGAGGCCAUCGGGAACGCGAAGACAACCCGGAACGACAACAGCAGUCGCUUCGGGAAAUACAUCGAGAUCGGCUUCGACACGCGCUACCGCAUCAUCGGCGCCAACAUGAGGACGUACCUGCUGGAGAAGUCGCGGGUGGUGUUCCAGGCCGACGAGGAGAGGAACUACCACAUCUUCUACCAGCUCUGCGCCUCGUGCCAUCUGCCCGAGUUCAAGAUGCUGACGCUCAGCAGUGCCAACGACUUCCUGUACACCCGACAGGGCCGCAACCCGGUCAUCGCCAGCGUGGACGACACCAAGAAGCUGUGCUCCACGCGCAAAGCCUUCACGCUGCUCGGUAUUAAUGAGUCCAACCAGAUGGGGUUGUUUCAGGUUCUGGCUGCUAUUCUUCAUCUGGGAAACGUGGAGAUAAAAGACAGAGACUCGGAAAGCAGCGUCAUCCCCCCCAACAACCGCCACCUGACGGCGUUCUGCGAGCUGGUGGGCGUGAGCUACCAGGACAUGUCCCAGUGGCUGUGCCACCGGAAGCUGAAGACGGCCACGGAGACGUACGUGAAGACGCUGCCGCGCCUCCAGGCCACCAACGCCCGCGACGCGCUCGCCAAGCACGUCUACGCCAAGCUGUUCAGCUGGAUCGUGGAGCACGUGAACAAGGCGCUCAUCACCAACAUCACGCAGCACUCCUUCAUCGGGGUCCUCGACAUCUACGGGUUCGAGACGUUCGAGAUCAACAGCUUUGAGCAGUUCUGCAUCAACUACGCCAACGAGAAGCUGCAGCAGCAGUUCAACAUGCAUGUGUUCAAGCUGGAGCAGGAGGAGUACAUGAGGGAGCAGAUCCCCUGGACUCUGAUCGACUUCUACGACAAUCAGCCGUGCAUCAACCUCAUCGAGGCCAAGAUGGGGAUCCUGGACCUGCUGGACGAGGAGUGCAAGAUGCCCAAAGGGUCCGAUGACUCUUGGGCUCAGAAGCUCUACAACACUCACCUGAAGACCUGCUCGCUCUUCGAGAAGCCGCGCAUGUCCAACCGCGCCUUCAUUAUUCAACAUUUCGCUGACAAGGUGGAGUACCAGUGUGACUGUUUCCUGGAGAAGAACAAGGACACGGUGAACGAGGAGCAGAUCAAUGUGCUGAAGGCCAGCAAGUUUCACCUGCUGGUGGAGCUGUUUAAUGACGGGGAGAAAGCCAUCAGUCCCACGGGUCAGCCCGCUGGCACCGGGGGCCGGACCCGCCUCAGCAUCAAACCGGACAAGGGCCGCGACAAGAGCAGCAAGGAGCACAAGAAGACCGUUGGCUGCCAGUUCCGUAACUCGCUGCACAUGCUGAUGGGCACGUUGAAUGCGACGACGCCGCACUACGUACGCUGCAUCAAGCCCAACGACUUCAAGAUGGCUUUCACGUUCGACCCGAAGCGUGCGGUGCAGCAGCUCAGAGCAUGCGGCGUCCUGGAGACCAUCCGCAUCUCUGCUGCAGGGUUCCCAUCCAGGUGGACGUACCAGGAGUUCUUCAGCCGGUACCGAGUGCUGAUGAAGCAGAAGGAUGUGUUACCCGACAAGAAGUUGACGUGCAGAAAUGUGAUGGAGCAGCUGGUGCAGGACCAGGACAAAUACCAGUUUGGUAAGACCAAGAUCUUCUUCCGGGCCGGCCAGGUGGCGUACCUGGAGAAGCUGAGGUCGGAGAAGUUGCGCGCGGCCUGCGUUCGCAUCCAGAAGACGAUUCGCUGCUGGCUGGCGCGCAAGAAGUACCUCCGCAAGCGCAGCGCCGCCAUCACCGUCCAGAGGUUCACCAGAGGACACCAGGCUCGCUGCCUCGCUAAGUUCCUGCGCCGCUCGCGGGCGGCCACCGUGAUCCAGAAGAACCAGCGCAUGUUGGCGGAGAGGAGGCGCUACCGGCAGAAGCAGGCGGCGGCGCUGGUGGUGCAGACGAUCCUCCGGGCCUACAUGGCCCGGCAGAAGUACCGGGCGCUGCUGCGCGAGCACAUGGCCGUGAUCAUCCAGAAGCGCGUCCGCGGCUGGCUGGCGCGCCGCUGGUACGCGCUCUGCCUCGUCUCCAUCGUCUACCUGCAGUGCUGCUUCCGCCGGAUGAAGGCCCGGCGGCAGCUGAAGAAGCUGAAGAUCGAGGCGCGCUCGGUGGAGCACUUCAAGAAGCUCAACAAGGGCAUGGAGAACAAGAUCAUGCAGCUGCAGAGGAAACUCGACGAGCAGAACAAGGAGAAGCGAUUGGUCAACGAGAAGCUGGUCGCCCUGGAGAUCACCACGACGACGGAGAGCGAGAAGCUUCGCGGCGAGCUGGGCCGUCUGCGCGGCGUGGAGGAGGACGCCAAGAUCAAAGGCGUCCGCGUGACCUCGCUGCUGGAGGAGCUGGAGAAGCUGAGGAAGGAGCUGAGCUCCACCCAGAAGGAGAAGAAGAGCAUCGAGGACUGGGCGCUGACCUACCGGAGCGAGAUGGAGACGAUGGUCUCGGAGCUGAAGGAACAGAACGGCUCGCUGAAGAAGGAGAAAAACCUGAACAGAUUGAUUCAGGAACAGAGUCAGCAGAUGACAGAGAAAAUGGUCCGUGCGAUCGCGGAGGAGACCCAGCAGCUGCAGACCAACCUGAACGAGGAGCGGUCUCGGUACCAGAACCUGCUGACGGAGCACCGUCGCCUGGAGGAGAAACACGACGACCUGAAGGAGGAGUUGGUUUCCACGAACGUCUCCAAGCCCGGCCACCGGAGAACAGAUUCCACCCACAGCAGCAACGAGUCCGAGUACACGUACAACUCCGAGACCGCCGAAUUGGAAGAAGGUUCCCGCGCUGCCGAGGACGUGACUCGGGGCAACGACACCUCGCUGACCCUCAAGCUGCAGAAACGUCUCACGGAGCUGGAGCAGGAGAAGCAGUCGCUGCGCAACGAGCUGGAGAACAAAGAGGACCAGUUCCAGCGGGCUAGAGCCAGGGACGACGUUGAGUUCAAAAAGGCUCGCGGGGCCGAGCUGGAGUACGAGUCCCUCAAGCGCCAGGAGCUGGAGUCGGAGAACAGGAAGCUGAAGCACGACCUGGUGGACAUCAGGCGAAGCCUGCUGGGUAACGCAGCUAAAGGCGCCGGGGCUCCGGGCUCCCCGGCCUACAAGGUGGUCUUGGAGCAGCUCAACUCCUCCUGUGAGGAGCUGGAGGUCCGUAAGGAGGAGGUGCUGAUCCUGCGCUCCCAGCUGGUCAGCCAAAAGGAGGCAAUGCACCACAAGGAUGAGAAGGAGACCAUGACGGAGCCGUCCGUCUUCGUCGAGGACGUGUCCAAACUGAAGAACGCCGGUGAACUCAAGCAGGCGUACAUGGGCCUCAAAGACACCAACAGGUCUGCCGCUCCAGACUUCCAUGAGCUGAAUGAGGACGGGGAGCUGUGGCUGGUUAGUCAGGGCUUAAAGGAAACCAUCAGGCUACUGGAGCACCAGCUGCAGACUCAGCGGCGGGGCUACGACAGCGAGGUGGAGUCGUUGCGCGGCGAGCUGCAGAACGUGAAGGAGGACAACAACCGGCAGCAGCAGCUCUUGGCCCAGAACCUGCAGCUGCCUCCGGAGGCGCGGAUCGAGGCCAGCCUGCAGCACGAGAUCACGCGGCUCACCAACGAGAACCUGGAACUCCUGGCCGAAGACCCCAGGGCGUCGCGAGAGGCUCGAGUCAUCAUUUUACGACGGAUGGUUGAUCUGAUGGAGCAGCUGGAGAAGCAGGACCGAACCACCCGGAAGCUCAAGAAGCAGCUGAAGGUGUACUCCAAGAGGAUCGGAGAGAUGGGGGCGGGUCAGGCGGAGGGUCAGACGUCUCCGGGCCAGACGGUGGACGAGCCCAUUCACCCCGUCAACAUCCCCCGCAGGGAGAAGGAUUUCCAAGGGAUGCUGGAGUACAAGAAGGAGGACGAGCUCAAACUGGUCAAGAACCUGAUCCUGGAGCUGAAGCCGCGCGGCGUGGCCGUGAAUCUGAUCCCAGGUCUGCCGGCCUACAUCCUGUUCAUGUGCCUGAGACACGCGGACUACGUCAACGACGACCAGAAGGUCCGCACGCUGCUCACCUCCACCAUCAACAGCAUCAAGAAGAUCCUCAAGAAACGAGGAGACGACUUUGAGACGGUUUCCUUCUGGCUGGCGAACACCUGCCGCUUCCUCCACUGCCUGAAGCAGUACAGCGGCGACGAGGCCUUCAUGAAGCACAACACGCCGAGGCAGAACGAGCACACGCUGUCCAACUUCGACCUGGCGGAGUACCGGCAGGUGAUCAGUGACCUGGCCAUCCAGAUCUACCAGCAGCUCAUCAAAUGCAUGGAGAACAUCCUGCAGCCCAUGAUAGUCUCCGGCAUGCUGGAGCACGAGACCAUCCAGGGCGUGUCGGGCGUGAAGCCCACGGGGCUCCGCAAGCGCACGGCGAGCAUCGCGGACGAGGGCACCUACACGCUGGACUCCAUCCUGCGGCAGCUGAGCGCCUUCCACUCCACGAUGUGCCAACACGGCACCGACCCCGAGCUCAUCAAGCAGGUGGUGAAGCAGCAGUUCUACAUCAUCGGAGCCGUCACGCUCAACAACCUGCUGCUGCGCAAGGACAUGUGCUCCUGGAGCAAAGGCAUGCAGAUCAGGUACAAUGUGAGCCAGCAGGAGGAGUGGCUCAGGGACAAAGGCCUCAUGAUGUGCGGCGCCAAGGAGACCCUGGAGCCGCUGAUCCAGGCGGCGCAGCUGCUGCAGGUGAAGAAGAAGACUGACGAAGACGCCGACGCCAUCUGCUCCAUGUGCCUGGCCCUCACCACCGCGCAGAUCGUGAAGGUCUUGAACCUCUACACUCCGGUCAAUGAGUUUGAGGAGAGAGUGUCUGUGUCAUUCAUACGCACCAUACAGACUCGCUUGCGAGAUCGUUGCGAGAGUCCGCAGCUGUUGAUGGACACCAAGAUGAUUUACCCGGUGACGUUCCCCUUCAACCCCUCCUCCCUCGCCCUGGAGACCAUCCAGAUCCCCAGCUCGCUCAACCUGGGCUUCCUCACCCGCGUCUAAAAAAAAACACGAGACGCCAACCGGAUGUAGUGGCCACAGGUGGAAUUGCAGGUCAACAAUAAAUACAUCAGAAAUUAGGAUUUGUAUUUGCGCACUUUGAGCAAUUAUGUCCCAAAAAUAUCAGCUGAAAAGCCUCCGAGAGCUUCGAAUUUAAAACAAGGAUUCCAGUUCUCUCUUCCGCCAUCCGUUGAUCCUGAACUUUGACGCACGGAAAAUCAAGAAAAAAAGAAAAAACCAUCGCGGACUGAACUUUCAACAUGCAUCCGUGCAAUCCUCCUGCAUCCUCUGAGCGUACACGUGCACGCCUAAUACACUCACGUGCACUUUCUCGCUUACAAAAAAAAACACACCCACGGUCACCGCUGGUUUAAAUCCGUCUGUAAAAGGCCAUCGUCCAUUCCACUGCUUGUAAAAAAAACGCCUCCUGAUAGAAGCCCCGAAGCCCCGGGACCGGGUCUCCCGCCUCCGGUACUCGCUCUGCAUCCACACCCCGGGGUCCGUUUGAGUCGUCCCGAUACUCGGUUCCCCCAGCUCCCUCCUUCGUCGUCUCAACUCGCCGUUAAGAUCGUUUCUUCUCGUCGGCCAUUUUUAGAAAUCCAGUCGGGCCGAUGAGGAAUCUUAAUUCUCCGGUGAGAAUGAAGGGAACGAUACGCGGGAGCGGUCCCAAUAAAGAGGGGUCGAGACCUCGCAAAGAGGAACGACUUCGUGAAUUGAAGUCUCGCCUCGAAUGUCUGGUCUGUAUUUAACGCCGAGUACCGGUAGGAAGCCGCCUGAUUGGCUUACAGUUAGCUCUCUCCACGCCACGUUGAGGCUUCAUCAUUUCCCCCUCUGAACACAGCAAGCCAAGACGGAUCUGUACUACAUUAUUUAUACAUAUAUAUAAAUAUGAAAAACACAUAUAUAUUUUAUUUAUUGCAUUUACCUCCGUCCCUCUAUUAGAUUAGAAGCGUUCUCCUCAUGUCUACUUCCUGUCUACUUCCUCUCUACUUCCUGUUGUGCCAUUUAGUAUUAACAGUCAACCAAAUUUGCCUCUUGCCCUCUUGUGAACCUUAUUGUUUUGCCUCAUGACCUUUUUACCCUUUCAAAAACUUAAUUUUCAUUCAAUAACUUAUCUUUUGAAGGUGCUUACAUAUAUAUAUAAAUAUGUAUAUAUAAAUAUUUAUAUAUAUAUAUGUAUAUAUAUAUAUAUAUAUAUAUAGGGGCUCGUGAAUGGUCAUCAAAACUGGACCCUUUUUUUUAUUAUUUAUUUAAUGUUUUUUGUUUUUUUUAAACCGACCAACUAAAUGAAAUAAUUGAAUAGCACGGUGAACGAAGACAGUAUGCGCUGAGAAUUAAAUCUAUUUUACCACGGUGGAGAAUCUCAUUAAAUGCCAUAUUGAAUACACAUAUAAAGAGAGGUUAGUAUGUGAAGUAGUUUUGUGUUUGAUGUCCAUUGGGACCACGUGUUAUCAGCCUUCUGUUACAUCACUCGGUAGUUUAAAGUGCAUUUAUGUGGCAAGGAAGGCGGAAACUGAAGGAAUUAAUUAACCACGUGAAUGUUUCAAAUUGUUGAUGAAUAUCAUGAUUUUAGUUGCACAUCGUCGGCCUUAUCUGAAUGAUUUUGCUAUCCGAACGACUUAAACACACGAUCGACAUUGUAGCUUUGUUUUUGUUUUCUUUCUCGACUGUAAAAUGAAUAUAAAUUGUUAAAUGUGGUCAUUUCUUUUAUUUUGAUCAGGUGUCCCUUUUGUCCUUCGGUCCUGAUGCACUCGCGACACAUUGCUGAGGAGGUUCAGAUAAAGAGAUGAGCCUCCCACUGAACCGCUUCCUUCCCCACAUUCCCUCAGUCGGGCGGCCGCUUCGCUUUCUGAAAUUAUUGAUUUUUAUACAAUCAAUUUCUGAAAUCAUUUAUUUUUCUUUUCCUGCUGUUUUAUUUUGAAAAAAAACGAUGAAUUAAUCGAUGCAAGCCACGAGUAAGAAGUAAAACACUCCUGAUGGUUUGGUUGCUGGCCUAGUUUCAGAGGAGGAACACACACACACACACACACACACACACACGUUCAUUCAUGUUGUUGUUGUUCCCCAGGGCUUCUCUUGGGCUCUCAUAUAGGAGAAAGUGUCAUUCCUCGGUUGUAUGACACGACGCAGACAUUAUAAAUGACCAUUGUUCUUAUCAGCACUAUAGCGUCGAUUAUGUGCCAUUUUAAAGAAUUGUUUAAAAAACAACCGGAAUGUGUGUGUCAUCGGGCUGUCGUAGUGACCUCUGACCCUCGUGGACGUGUGACACACUGGGCCGUUUGAGGUUCCUGGUCUCCGUGCUUAGUGAAUGUGUUCACCGUUAAGAAACUUGAGAAAACUUGGAAUAAAUUGUCAAAUCUGUAAAAGUCAAAUAAAUAUAAUUCAGCACUGUU